AUGGGCAAGGACAUCGAAGCUAUAGCGGUCGGCUCGGACGAUGCCGUCGUGUACGGCGCUGUGCACUCCAGCAACGAGGACCUCAAGAUUCCAUCCAGCGGCUCAUCGCAGUUCUCCAAGUACUCCACAGACAAUGUCCCGGGUCGCUCCCAAAUCGGCAUCGUCUCUGCCGUCUUCAUCAUCUUCAACCGCAUGAUUGGAACGGGUAUCUUUGCCACGCCGUCUACCAUUCUGUCGCUCAGCGGCAGUGUAGGCAUGUCUCUCAUUAUGUGGGUCAUUGGAUCGAUUAUUGCUGGCGCCGGAAUGUGGGUGUACAUCGUGUGGGGUCUUGCCAUCCCGAAGAACGGAGGCGAGAAGAACUACCUCGAGUACCUCCUUCGCCGGCCCAAGUUCCUCGUCACUUGUGCGUACGCCUCCAACGCGAUCCUUCUCGGCUGGGCGUCGGGCAACUCGAUCGUGUUUGGCGAGUACAUUCUGCGUGCGGCGAACCAGGAGAACCCCGGGCAGUGGACCCGCCGUCUGAUCGGAUUCGCCUGCAUUACCUUUGCGUUCCUCCUGCACGGCACGCGUGUCAAGUGGGGCCUCUGGCUGCAGAACGUGCUCGGCACCAUCAAAAUCUUCAUCGUUCUCAUCAUCAUCGUCGCCGGGUUCGUCGCCCUCGGCGGCCAUCUCAAGGUCCCCAAGCCCAACAACUUCGACCACGCCUUCGCCGGCACCACGGCCAGCGCAUCGUCCUUCUGUCUCUCGCUUUAUAACGUGAUCUGGUCGUACGUGGGCUUCUCCAACGUAAACUACGCACUCUCCGAGGUCAAGAACCCGAAGCGUACUCUUAAGAUCGCCGGCCCCCUCGCUAUCGGUCUUAUCACUGUCCUUUACAUUCUUUCCAACAUCGCCUACUUCGCCGCUGCGACCAAGGAGGAGAUCACCGGCAGCGGUACGCUCGUUGCGGCUCUCCUCUUCCGCAACGUCAUGGGCGCCCACGCCGAGCGCGCCCUGUCGGUUUUCGUCGCUCUUUCCGCCCUCGGCAACGUGCUCUCCGUCAUCUUCUCGCAGGGCCGUGUCAACCAGGAGCUCGGCCGCGAGGGUAUUCUCCCCUUCUCCAAGUUCUGGGCCAGCAACCGUCCCUUCAACGCUCCUCUUGCCGGCCUCGGUCUCCACUGGGCCAUCUGUCUGAUCACAAUCUUCGCACUGCCCCCUGGCGACGCUUACAACUUUGUCAUCAACACGAUCUCGUAUCCGCUCUCCGUCAUUAACGCGAUCAUCUCCUUCGGCAUCGUCUUCCUCCAGUUCAAGCCUUACUCGGACUGGCGCAAGCCUGGAUGGCCCGCCGUCGCCGCUGCUGCCUUCUUCGGCGCCGCCAACGUCUUCCUCUUCAUCGUUCCCCUCACCCCUCCCCCUCCUGGAGGCGAGCCGUACAAGUCGAUGCCGUACUGGACGCACGCUGUUGCGGGCUGGGCCAUCUUCGGCGUGGGUUUCAUCUACUGGAUCUUCUGGGCCAAGAUCUUCCCGAGGGUCGGAGGAUACGAGCUCGAGCGUGUCAAGGAGAUCGGCUCGGACGGUCUGGAGCGUCACGUCUUCAAGCGCGUCAAGCGGGACCGCCUGUAA